AUGGAUGAUUAUAUGAACAGUGUCACUCAUGACUGGUUCAUCGAAGGAGCACAAGAAACAACCAUCAGGAAGACGAGGAUUUGGCUGGGCACGUUUGAGACCGCAGAGGACGCCGCAAGAGUCUACGACGAAGCUGCGAGGCUCGUCGCCGGUCCGAGAGCAAGAACCAACUUCCCCUUCAAUCCCAACUCCGCCUCUUCUUCGUCCGAGACCAACUACUUAUCGGCCGCGCUUACUGCGAAGCUACACCGCUGCAACCUGGCGUCUCUUGAAGCAGCACCUCAGCCCGUCGUGAGGAACUCACCGGCGCUCAAGGUAUCGGUCUCCGUCGUUGAUCGGCCCAAGAACAAGAUGACGGUGGCCGUGGAGCAACCGGUAUAUCCUAACUGGAUCAUGAAAGAGAGUGGUACUGAUGAGGUUGAGUUCAGCUACUUGGAGGAGCAUCAGGUCGAGCAGAUGAUAGAGGAGCUGCUGGACUCCAACCUCGGCGUGGAGCUCUGCUACACUUCUCUGUAG